GCGCUGGCCCCGGACCCCCUGCGCGGGCAGCAGCAGCCGCCGGGGCUCGGCUUGCCGAGGGACAGGCUGCCCUUUGGGAGCCGGAGCGGCGGCCCCUGUGUCCCGGGCACCCCUGCCCCGUGGUCCCCGGUCCCGGGGGUACCUCCGUGCCGUGGGAUUCCGCCGUGACCCCGGCCGGGGGAAGCACGGUGGGGCCGGUGCCCGCCGCGCCGUGUAACAGGAGAAGUUGGGGAGCGAGGAAAGCCCUGUCCUUGCAAAAAUGCAGUUCGCUCUUUUCUUGUCCUGGUGCUGCUGCCUGCACGGAUGGGCGCUAGGGACUGGCUUCCUCUAUCAAUUCCCAGCAUCAACCCUGCAGCACAACUACCCAGAGCAGAGCUCGGGCUCGCCGGGCAGCGGCUUCGCCAGUCGCCGGCAUUGGUGUCACUACACAGUUACACGGACAGUCUCUUGCCAAGUGCAGAAUGGGUCAGAAACGGUGAUCCAGCGAGUUUAUCAGAGCUGCCGGUGGCCGGGACCUUGUGCCAACUUAGUGAGUUACAGGACUCUCAUCAGGCCCACGUACAAAAUGUCCUACCGAACUGUGACCACACUGGAGUGGAGGUGCUGUCCUGGCUUCACAGGGAGCAACUGUGAAGAGGGUUCCUCUGGCCGCCAGCACGGUUACUUUUCCAACCAGGACCAAUGCAUGAACUGCACACGACUGGCAGAUAUGACUGAGAGGCUCAACACGCUCGAGGCCAAGAUCCUUCUGCUGGAGGCUGCAGAGCGAAGCCCACCGUUGGAAAACAACCUGCCAAUCACUGGGACAACAGCCACGUGGUAUGAUGAUUUGUUACCAGAUGCCUUUCCCCUGCUCAAUCCUGGGACUGUCCUGAGAAAAACAGUGGGAUCUGUUGAGCCUAAAGGACACAGAGGGGCAGAGGAGCAACUAAUACCACAGGGGCUGCCAGGACAAGUUGGGCCUCCAGGCCCAGUCGGCCCAACUGGUCUUCCAGGACCACCAGGACCAAAAGGAGAGAAGGGACAACCUGGUGAGAGGGGCCCAGCAGGGCCUCCAGGGCUGUUGGGACCUCAAGGACCAAGAGGACUUCCAGGAGAAACUGGGAUCCCAGGUCCCCCAGGUCCUCCAGGGCCACCAGCCACCCCAAGCCUCCCCCUUACCUUCCAGCAAGGGGUUCUCUACUCACUGCAGCCCACAGCUGAAAAAGAAAAUGGAGAAGCCCAGCUGGCCUCCACCGUCAUAGACACCAUCAUGGCUGGGCUGCCAGGACCACGGGGAGCCCCAGGGCCUGUUGGGCCACCAGGGCCACCGGGUGCAUCAGGACCCAAAGGGCCACCAGGACCUAUUGGAGCUCCUGGAUCACAAGGCUUACCAGGCUCUCCAGGACAACCUGGGCCAAAGGGCUCCAAAGGAGACCGAGGAGAGAGAGGUGAACCAGGCAAGAAGGGUGAGGAAGGCGACAAAGGCACCGAUGGGGAAGGUGUUCAACAACUUCGAGAAGCUCUGAAGAUUUUAGCUGAGAGGGUAUUAAUUCUUGAGCACAUGAUAGGAAUCCAUGACUCUUUAUCUUCCAUUGAGCCAGGCUCUGGACAAGAUGUGAUCCCAGGCUCCCCUCUGCGAACCAGCAUCAAGAUCAAGCGUGGAGGACCCCGGCAGCCACAGGCCUACCAGAUCCUCUCUUCGCUGCUGGAUGACAGUGAAGCCAAAAGGAGAAGCAGUCGGAUCAAGUAGGAGCAUCUGUGUGUUCUCCAUGCCUUUUACCAGUUAAAGAUACAGUAUCCCAGUGCUUAAUUGCAGAGUGCAAAUGAAGUGGGUAGGAGGCUGCAGUGUUGGCAACUGGGUUUCCUUAUCUGGCCAACACUACGCCCUUGUUGCAGGGAAUGUUUUAUCCAUAGCUCAGAGAGGGUCUUAGGAAGGUUUUUCUUGAUUUGUUGUUUUGCCUUUAAAAUACCAGAUGGCAGGUAUCCUCAGAAGCUGUCUACAAAAAUGACACCACCUGUCUCAAGAGUUUAAUCCCCUCCUUGUUUCCCCACUGCCCUUGAAAGUUACUCAGUUAAAGCAUUGCUUAACUGGCUGAGACAAUCAGUCCCAUCUAAACUCAAAGCCAAGCCUUACCCUCAUCCAUUGCUGUAGUUGAUGGCAUCUGCUUUUGUUUGGUGGGGUGGUGUCACGCUGACUUCCAGGUGAAGAUACCAAUUUCACAUCCUCACCUGCAAGAAGUUCUUUUAAGCAAAACCCAAACUGGUAAAUUGAGUGAAGGUUUAAAACUGAAAAUUCAGGUUACUCUUUGGAAUUCAGCAUCCAAAUCCUGGCUUUUUGUGUUGCUAAUUGCAUGUGACUGGCAGCAUUUCUCUUCUUGGUUGGCUAAGCAAUGACUUUGGAUGCAGAUGUUCACAGCAACAUUGACUUUCUGUCUGUCUUCACUGAGAUUAGACUGUUUCUGUGCAAAUACAGAGCAGUUGGUAAGAGAUAUGGUGGAAUUGUGCAAGAAUGUUCCCAUAUUAUGUUCAACAUGUGCCUACAUCCAGAGAUAAUUAAGUAGCUGCAAUAAGUAUUCACAGAAAAUACUGUUUUGCAAUAGUUUCUUAGUCCUACACCAACAAGGGAAAAUGUUUUCACACUGUUUCAUUUUUAUCUUGUGAGCAAAUCCUUGACAUUUGCAUCUGGAGACAGGGUAGCAGCAAACCACAGCCUUAAGGAAUUAGAGUCUUGUCAAGAGCUUCUCUUGCACUGGGAGUUAAAUACAAAGAAGUUUUACCUUUUUUUGCAAUGACUGUUAUUUUGGGGGAAGUCCCAGCUCCAGGGUUAAGAAGUUGAACCUGCCCUUCAGUGGCAAGUUAAUGACUUCACCUGCUGCACAAACCAAAUCAGACAAGUUGAUGUCAUUCAUGGAGACAGUUAGAAAGAGACUAAUGAACAGAAUCAAUUCUUACAUAGCUUUUUAAUGCCUCCACCCCCUGUUCUGGCAGUUUCCAAGUUCAGACCAGGAUAAAAGGGAGAAAAUUGAGUUUGUGUUGGUUGGUUUAUGGCAUAAAUCAGGUAAAUUGGUCAUGUUCUGUCUGGUUCCUCAUGCAAGAUGCAGCAAUCUGGAAAAGCCAAACUGUUCUACUACAGUCAAAAAAGAAAAAGAAGGAACUCAGCCUGGCCAACAUUGGCCACACAUUAAAUUAACUUGCCAUAUACAUUGUUAGACCUCCAGAGGCAUCAGGACAUCCAAAUCUUUCCUCUGAUGAGCAUUUUAUUUUCAGGAAUGAACAGGUUACAGGCUGCUUCAGAUGGCAGAACUCUGUCUUUAUUUGGCCUCAUUCUUUAGAAGUUCAACCAACUCUCUCAAAACAGGUGAAGUGGUGAGCAAGCACCCAAAACUUAUCUUCACACAGAAGCUUUUUGCUGCUGUACAGCUAAAGACUAACCAGCCUUGGUUUCAGCUGACUGGGGGGGCUGCAGUAAAUGUACUGACAUGCUCUGCUUCUGAAUCCUGGUGCUGCUUGGCUCAGGCCUGUGGGGCUCAUUCAGCACUCAGCCUGUGUAGCUCAGGUUGGACUUCUGUAUGCUCAGGUUUUCCUUUGGACAUUUCAAAGAAACAAGCCCAAAGCAUUGCAGAAGUCUGGGGAGUUGGUACAAUCAGGUGCUCUCUUUCCUUAAGACUCCAACAUUUGAAGUGAAUGCAGAGUUUUGCCCAGAGAUGAUGCUUCAGGCUCCAGCCUUCCUUUGCCUGCCUGUACUCAUCAGCUGGAGCAUGAUGGAGUCAGAUGACAAGGAAACAAGUAAAACUGCCCAAGUCAAGCAGGUUACUGACCUCAAGUAGUUGUCUUGUAGUUAAAAUCCUUUAGGGAGAAUGAAUGACAGCCUCCUUGAAUGCAUCUGAAUUUCAAGUUCAGCACCAAGUCUAAAUCCAGUGCUAAUUGUAAUGACAGUGUGUACAGAAAUGAUGCUGAAUUAAAUCAGUGUCCUAAAGAAGGCUGGCAACCAGCUCCCAGCCUUAAAAGUCAGGAAUAAAAAGCCUAAAACCAAUCACAAACAGCUCAACUUUCCAACAUACAAUGACUGACUGAAGGGCUGUGCCCAGCUCAUGUCUCUCCAGUCACUCCAUUCAUGAGGAGCGAGCAUGAGCCCAAGCUCCAUUCACGAGGGCAAUAGCUUUGGUGGUGGGCAGCUGUGGGGUGCAGCCACCAAUGCAUUCCUGGAAUAAUCUUUCCAUGUAAAAAUUGAAUGCAUAAAAAUUGGAUGUUUCCCCAUUUACAAGCUGAUUGCCCUGUAGGAAUUGGGAAGCACUCAAUUACCUCUGUGUUGGGUCAGGACCGUCUUGGUCUUGAUCCCAUGGACAUUACAAGACAGAGCUGGUGGCUUCCAGGAGAGAAAGGGUCCUAAUGGCAGUUUCAGGAACUAAACCAAAGCCAUCUUUAAAAAGGGGAAAGGCAAAAUUUGGUUUCACUGGUUGUGUAUCUAGGGGUUGAAUUUGGGGAAGAGGAAGUACAAUGAGACCAUUUUCACUUCUCUGACAUUUUGGAGCCUUCACACUGAAGUGAAAGAAAAACUUUUCUUCCUCCAAGUUGUCUUCCUGAAUUCACAGCUGUCACAUUAGCCUGACAAGUGCUCUCUUCAAGUCAUUCAUAAUGACUGGGAGUUGAGAUUUUUUAAUUAGUUCAGACAAAUUAGCAGCAAGAUGAAAGGAAAUUCUGUGGAAGUUGUUUGCAGUGAAGCCUGCCAGGUCAGCCAUUGAAAGACUGGUGAGGUUUGGGUUGCAAACCAUUUUCAUGAUGGCCUUUUCCAGAUUUCUGUAUGAGCUAUGUAACUUCUUUUUCUCCCCACACUUCUUGCUUUAUUUAGCUACACCUCUCUCUCACGUGGUACUGUAUCUUUAAUUUGGGUGACAGUGGGAUUAUACCAAAUGGAUUUCCUCUCACCUGGGGUUUCAUUCUACAAGGGCUGGAGCACAGCUUUGUGCAGACCCCGUUCCAUUAUGUUUUAAAGGUGAACACAGCCUCACAUGCUAACAUUGAUGCUAUUCAUGACUAAGCAAACCACUCCAACCACACUUUCCAUCUUAGGCAGGACACUAAGGUUCAUUUUAGCCAGGGCAUAUGACACAUCUUGCUGUGUCUGUGUAACUUAGAGAGUGGAUUUCUUUUGAAUGCCUGCUCAUUUAGAAAUAUAUUUUAAUUGAAGUGUUUAGUGCUUUAUCUCCUGUGCAUACUGUGCAAUACCAUAGUGUGUUCCCUUUUUUUUAAUCCUAAGACUUUUUUGGAAUCCUUAAUGUAUCUCUGAGCUCCAGUGUGUCUGUGGCCUGGAUUGGUUUGGGUAGUAGUAGUAACACAUUUUCCUUGCCUUGAGCAGCAGCAGCACAUUGCACAACCAAACACCUUUGCAAUCCGUGCACCCUCAUGUUCACCAGCAAUCUGGUGCUCCUGGGAGACAGAGAAUGCUUCUCUCCAGAGUAUCUACUUUGCACUUACUGAUAGCAACCCAGGGAACUAGGAAUGAACUACAGAGAAGAGCCCUCACCUGCUCCCACCAAAGCCCACAGUAAUUUUGCCAUCAACUUUCACAGGAACAGGCCAUAAGAGUCAGAUCCAGACGUCCCACUGGCACGAGCUGCUCUCAGGGGAGCACAACAUGUGGCUCAGCAGCAGCUGCCUGAGAGUUUGGCUCUGGGACUCAGGUUCACUCCCAGCCUCUGCAACCAACCAUUUUAAUGCAGGAACCUGACCAGUGUGAGAAGGGCUUCCAAAAGACAACCAGCCUCUGGAAUUACUGCUCAAUGCCAUGUACUGGAAAUCCAUUCUCCUCCACGUUUACAGUUUCUGUCUUACUCGAGAUGACAUUCCAUUCUGGUGUUUGCUGGUACAGAGGUUUAAACUACUUGCAGUUUCUGUGAUUGCCUUGAAACCAAGCAAUUCAAAGGUGCUAUAAUUAUCCACGAAGCACAUUCCUGCCCAUAGAAGGAAAUGUUAACUUCUUCACUAGUUAUUUUACACAGUAGGUUUUUAUUUAUAUCAGUGUGUUUCGUAUGUGUGCAAAUGGUCCCAGCUUCUCUCAUUGUAAUAAGCUUUACCACCAUUUGGUCUUUUAUAGGGCAGCCCUGUGCAGUAUCUUGCAACCAUGUGUAAUUUCUUAACUUAGAGCAAGACUAAAUCUCAUCUGAUAUGAUGAACUCACUUAUGGCAGGCUCUGUUUGUUUGUAAACACAAUCUGUUUGUUCCACCUCUUGCAUGGUUACUUAUCUGUUUUCAUAUUGCUAUGUUAUUGUUCAAAAUAUCUAUUUCUCUUUAUUUGCUAUGGGUUUUGUUACUGUGUAUGGAAUGUUUGUAUUCAGCAUUUUCUUACAGAACAGAGUGGGAACAAUAUUCAAGAACCCACAAAUACCAAAGACCUUU